UUUCAGGAAGCUGCAAGUAAUGCAGAUUCGGUCCUCAUGAAUGCAGAAGCAAUGUCUUCAAAAGACAAUGCUGAGUGGCUUUCAUCAGUUGAAGCCAUAGAAGUCAGGAAGUUCGAAUUAGAAAUUCAAUCCCAACUAGUUCAUGAAGCUAAAUCCAUUUUGAAUGAAUCCAUUGAUCAAUCAGUUGAGGAUGACCAAAGGGAAAUAGAUGUUCUUUGCAUGAGAAAGGAAGAAUUGGCCGAAGAACUGAGGAAACUGCUUGCUUUAGUGAAAGAGAAGGAAGCAGAAAUAGCAGAAAAUGAUGCUCUCAUUCAAAAAGUUGAGAAUCGGAUUGAUGGGGUUGUCUCUUGCUUUAAAGAGGUUCAAGCAAGUAUAGAUAAUAAUUAUGAUAAAUUGCAGUCAUGCCUUUCUGAGCUAAUGGUCGAGAAUGAAGUUUUACUGAGAAAAAAGAAGGAUAUUGAUAACUACCUUUCUCAAGAAGAAUCCAGAGGAGAAAAGAUUAAGAAUCUUUCCAGGAGUUCUGCAGAUGAAGCAAACAUGUACGAAGAAGUUGCUGGUCUUAGAAAGAGUCUGUCGAUGUUCAUCUCGAAAUCCAAGGCCUAUAGAGUGAAUCUUGCCAAAAGUGAAGAAAGGAUCUCAGAGGACGUGCAAAUUCUCAAACAAGAAACUUUUGCUGCAAGAUCUUCACUUCAGGUUGGCGUCAGGCUAUGAUUGUGGAAAUGACUGUUGUUCAUGAUAAUGGUACUUGGGAGAUAGUUCCUUUACUGCCAGGCAAAACAGCAAUUGGAUGUUUCUGGAUGUGUACUGUCAAGAUGAGUGCUGAUGGGGAGGUUGAUCCUCUCAAAACUAGAUUGGUAACAAAGAGGUAUACUCUGAUUGAUGGUUUUGAUAAUGGUGAUACUUUCUCUCUAGUAACGAAGAUUGCAUCAGUUUACCUCCUUAUCUCCAUGACAGCCAUGUUUCAUUGGUCCCUUUAUCAGUUGGAUGUCAAAAAUGCCUUUCUUCAUGGGGAACUUGUCGAGGAGGUAUACAUGGAGCAACCUCCCUGCUCCGAGGGAGUCUGGGUUAUUGUGUCUCCUGCCGAUCUUUGUAUGGUCCCACGCAAUGACCAAGGGCAUGGUUUGGACAUUUAAGUAUUGCUGUCUGAUCAUGAGAGCAUUACUCAAUUUAAACAACAUCUUGUCGAUUACUUUCAGACCAAAGACAUAGGUAAACUAAGAUACUUCCUAGGCAUUAGGUGGCGCAGUACAGCAAUGGAACUGUCAUUUCACGAAGGAAGUAUGCUUUGAACGUAUUGAAAGAAACUGGCAUGUUUAAAUGCAAACCUGUUGAUACUCCUAUGGACCGAAUGUUAAGUUUCUUCCUGGAUAGUGGGAGCCCUACGGAGUCCAUUCGUUAUCAAAUAUUGUUGGCAAACUCAAUAAAACUUUACGAUCUCACGAAAAGACAUCUCAUUCAGUAUUACCUUAAAAAGGGUCAUCACAUUAACUAUCAGUGUUCUUAGCCAGUUUCUCCAAUCUCCUUGUAGCAUCAUUGGAAUGUAGUGAUUCACAUUCUAAG